CUACAGCAGAAUGAACAGCCACAACAGGAAGAACAGCCACAGCAAGAAAGCGUACGAACAGGAAAACCCCUGGAAUCAGACGAGGAAAAGCCGCAACAGGAAAGUCAGCCACAGCAGGAGAGCGAACGGAAGACCGAGCCUCUUGUACUACCAGGAGAAGAAAAAUUAAAACAGGAAGACCAGCCACAGCAGGAAAGUGUACGGACGGCAAAACCCCUCGCACCAGAAGAACAAAAAUCACAACAGGGAGGCCAGCCCCAGCAGGAAAGUGUUGCGAAAACAGCGUGUGCUCUAGCACCAGAGAACAAAAAUCACAACAGGGAGGCCAGCCCACAGCAGGAAAGUGUGCGAACGGCAGUACCUCUAGCACCAGAGGAACAAAAAUCACAACAGGGAGGCCAGCCCCAGCAGGAAAGUGUGCGAACGGCAGUACCACUAGCACCAGAAGAACAAAAAUCACAACAGGAAGGCCAACCACAGCAGGAAAGCGUACGAACGGCCAAAUCCCUUGAACCAGAAGAAUUGAAA